CGCCGAUGCGCACUUACCACAAAUGCGCGCGUCUCCCGAGUAGACGCGCUUUUUCGGCGCUUUUAGAGCCUCAAUCCAAGAAUUGCGAGCCUCGGUGUAAUGACUAGCGCGUUCCAGCUUCCAGCGAUCUCGGUGCCGAGGGAUCUCGUCUCGUUGACGUACUUGAUACAAAGAUCAGCUCCCCUAUCCUUUCCGCGCCCUCUGAUCAUCACCACACUUCUCAUCAACCACCAUGUCACCGACACCAGACUGGGUAAAGCAAUUGAAGCCUUCGGGCGUACAGGGCCAUGAGCUCCUUGCCGCAGAGCGUGCUAGCUCCAACAUUCCAGUCCAGAAGCUGGAGGAGCUGCUACACACCAAGGAGGUCAUCCAGAGGCGGAACAAGAUCACAGAGCUGCUCAAGUCUGAGCCAAUCUUUGACAAGUCGCAGAACUACUUCAUGGGGAGGAUCGAUCGCUUCGAGAGAGCUCUUGCCAGGGAGAAGAAGCUGAGACUCCUCAAGAAGAAGCACAACUGGUCGUACGAGGAGUUCAAAGUCGCCACAGAACUCGUCGGCGAACCCGGCCCAUACGGUCUCCACGACAGCAUGUUCAAGGUCACACUUGCUGGACAGGGUACCGAAGAGCAGCAGCAGAAGUGGCUCACCAAGGCCGAGAACUACGAAAUCAUCGGAUGUUACGCCCAGACUGAGCUGGGUCACGGAUCCAACGUCCGUGGACUUGAGACCACAGCAACAUGGAACGAGGACGACAAGACCUUCACCAUCCACUCCCCACAUCUGACUGCCAGCAAGUGGUGGAUUGGCUCCCUCGGCCGCACCGCCAACUACGCCGUCGUCAUGGCUCAGCUCAUCAUCAAGGGAAAGUCAUACGGCCCGACCCCCUUCUGUGUCCAGGUUCGUGAUAUGAAGACCCACGAGCCGCUCCCGAAUAUCCACGUUGGUGACAUCGGUCCUAAGUACGGUUACAACACCAUGGACAACGGUUUCCUGCUCUUCAACAACGUCAAGGUGCCUCACAUCAGCAUGCUUGCCAAGUUCCAGCAUGUUGAUACCAACACCAACAAGUUCGUCCGUCGGGGCUCCCCUGCCCUUGUCUAUGGAACACUGACUUGGGUCCGCUCGAACAUCGUCAUGCAGGCAGGCAGCGUUCUCGCUCGCGGUGUCACGAUUGCCACUCGCUACGCAGCUGUCCGCCGCCAAUUUCAGGAUCGAGAUGCUCCUGCUGGCGAGGCGGAAACACCGGUGCUGAACUAUACUAUGGUCCAGAUCCGUCUGCUUCCUCUGAUCGCCGCUACAUUUGCCCUGCACUUCACAGGAAAGUCCAUGAUGGAGAUGUACGACGCCAAUCAGGCGAAGAUGAAACAGCCGAGGAAUAAGGACGAGUCCAAGCGUGGUGCCGGGCCUGAGGAGCUCGAGUCGGGCAGUGACUUGAUGGCCGAUCUGCACGCCUCGUCAUGCGCACUGAAGUCGCUCAGCAGUACCAUUGCUGGUGAGGGCCUUGAGGUCUGCCGUCGUGCGUGUGGUGGUCACGGAUACUCCAGCUUCAGCGGCAUUGGCCCUUGGUAUGCUGACUAUCUUCCCACACUUACAUGGGAGGGCGACAACUACAUGCUCACCCAGCAGGUAGCCCGCUACCUUCUCAAGUCUGCCCGCUCCGUCCUCAAGGGUGAGCGCCCCACCAACGACACAACCAAGAUCCUCUCAGAGUUCCAAUCUCGCCGAGAGGUUGGCUGUGCCUUCGAUGUCAUCGGAUCCGACAAGGACCUUGUCGAUGCCUUCGCAUGGCGCGUGUCUUUCCUCACAUUCGAGGCCUCCAAGCACCGUGACACCGAGAAGAAGCCGUGGAACGACCUCCUCGUCGACUUCUACCGUCUUUCCAAGGCUCACGCCCAGUGGAUGAUUGUGAAGAACAACCUCGCGGCGCUGCAAGCCAUCGCAAGCCGCAGCCAGGUCAACAACGACACUGUCGAAGUCCUGAUGAAGCUGUUCCGUCUAUUCGCGCUGCACACACUCGAGCAGGAGGGAGCCGAGUUCUAUGUCAGCGGAGCGUGCAGCAAGCACCAGAUCCAGCUCGCCAGGACCAAUGCCGUCAUGAAGUUGCUGAAGGAGAUCAGACCGCACGCUGUCCGCCUCGUCGACGCAUGGGGUUUCGACGACUGGGUCCUCGACAGCAGUCUAGGCCGUGCUGAUGGCAAGGUGUACGAAGAUAUGUUCUACCGCGCCAGCGAGCUCAACCCCUUGAACAAGAUCACCGUUGAUCCUUACCCAGAGAGCGAAGUGCUGUUCAAGAGGAUCGAGAAGUCGAAGUUGUAAAUUGUAAUAUAUGGGGAAAAUUGGUCUUUUUUAUAGAGCGAACACUUGGAUAGAGAAAUGCAAUAACUUCAUAACACCUG